AUGGCCGAUCGGACUGCGCCUCGUUGCCAACUGAGAUUAGAAUGGAUUUACGGGUACAGAGGGCAUCAAUGCCGCAACAACCUGUAUUACACCGCAGGCAAAGAAGUGGUGUACUUCGUGGCUGGGGUCGGCGUCGUGUACAACACCAGAGAACACACGCAGAAGUUCUUUCUUGGGCACAAUGACGAUAUUAUCAGUCUGGCGCUGCACCCAGAGCGCUCCCUGGUGGCCACAGGGCAGGUGGGCAAGGACCCGUUCAUCUGCGUGUGGGACACCUUUACCGUGCAGACCGUCUCCAUCCUCAAAGACGGACACUCCCACGGGGUCGCAUGCCUGGCCUUCAGCUCAGAUGGACAGCGCUUGGCCUCAGUGGGGCUAGAUGCGAAGAACACGGUGUGUGUGUGGGACUGGAAGAAAGGGAAGGUGCUGGCGACCGCUACAGGACACUCCGACAGGAUAUUCGACAUAACCUGGGACCCAUUCCAGCAGAACCGUCUGGUGAGCUGUGGGGUGAAACACAUCAAGUUCUGGGCGAUGUGUGGGAACGCUCUGACGCCCAAGCGAGGGAUCUUCGGGAAGACGGGCGACCUGCAGACCAUCCUGUGCGUGGCGUCCGCCAAGGACGACGUCACCUACUCGGGGGCGCUGAACGGGGACAUCUACGUGUGGAAGGGGCUGAACCUGCUGCGCACCAUACAGGCCGCACAUGGGGCUGGCAUCUUCAGCAUGUAUGCGUGCGAGGAGGGCUUUGCCACUGGAGGCAGGGACGGUUGCAUCAGGCUGUGGGACGUCGACUUCAAACCCAUCACCAAAAUCGACCUGAGGGAGACCGAGCAGGGCUACAAAGGUCUGUCCAUCCGUAGUGUGUGUUGGCGUGCGGACCGGCUGCUGGCGGGGACGCAGGACAGUGAGAUCUUCGAGGUGAUGGUGCGGGACCGGGACAAGCCUCUGCUCAUCAUGCAGGGCCACAGCGAGGGCGAGCUCUGGGCGCUGGACAUCCAUCCCAAGAAGCCUCUGGCCGUCACCGGCAGCGAUGACCGCUCCGUACGGCUGUGGAGCCUGGUGGAUCACGCCCUGAUCGCGCGCUGCAACAUGGAGGAGGCGGUGCGCAGUGUGUCCUUCAGCAGCGACGGCUCCCAGCUGGCCCUGGGCAUGAAGGACGGCUCCUUCACCGUGCUGCGCGUCAGAGACAUGACGGAGGUGGUGCACAUCAAGGACAGGAAGGAGGUGAUCCACGAGAUGAAGUUCUCGCCGGACGGCGCUUACCUGGCCGUGGGCUCCAACGACGGCCUGGUGGACGUCUACGCCAUGGCGCAGCGCUACAAGAAGGUGGGCGAGUGCAACAAGUCGUCCAGCUUCAUCACACACCUGGACUGGUCCAUCGACAGCAAGUACCUGCAGACCAACGACGGCGCCGGAGAACGCCUCUUCUACAGGAUGCCGACGGGCAAGCACCUCAGCACCAAGGAGGAGACCAAAGGGAUCCACUGGGUGUCGUGGACGUGCGUGAUCGGCCCGGAGGUGACGGGCAUCUGGCCCAAGUACACCAACAUCAGCGACAUCAACUCCGUGGAUGCCAACUACAACAGUGCCAUCCUGGUCACCGGCGAUGACUUCGGCCUCGUCAAGCUCUUCCGAUUCCCCUGUGUGAAGAAAGGUGCGAAGUUUAAGAAAUACGUCGGCCACUCGGCCCAUGUGACCAAUGUGCGCUGGUCACAUGACUUCCAGUGGGUGCUGACGACGGGCGGGGCGGAUCACUCCGUGUUCCAGUGGAGGUUCCUCCCCGAGGGCGUCGCCAAUGGCGUCCCAGAGCCCCUGCAUCAAGAUGGAUAUGCCGAUUCCAACAGCGAGGAGUCCGACUCUGACCUGUCUGAUGUCCCAGAGCUGGACUCAGACAUCGAGCAGGAGACCCAAAUCAAUUACGACCGCCAGGUGUACAAGGAGGACCUCCCUCAGCUGAAGCAGCAGAGCCGGGAGAAGAAGCAGCUGGUGGGGUCACUCAAGAGGCAGCGCUGCCCUGACGUGGGCCUGCGCCUCAAGUUCGUCCACGGGUACCGGGGCUACGACUGCAGGAAUAACCUGUUCUACACGCAGGCGGGGGAGGUGGUGUACCACGUGGCGGCGGUGGCCGUGGUCUACAGUCGGCAGCAGCACGCGCAGCGCUUCUACCUGGGCCACGACGACGACAUCCUCGCGCUCACCGUCCACCCGCUCAAAGACUACGCCGCCACCGGACAGGUUGGGAGGGACCCAGCCAUCCAUGUGUGGGACAUCCAAACCCUAAAGUGCCUCUCCCUUCUGAAGGGGUAUCACCAGAGAGGGGUGUGCGCACUGGACUUCUCAGCGGAUGGGAAGAGCCUGGUGUCCAUCGGAGUGGAUGAGCACCACACCAUCGUGGUCUGGGACUGGAAGAAAGGGGAGAAGCUGGCCACAGCCAGGGGACACAAAGACAAGCUGUUUGUGGUGAAGUGCAACCCUCUCCUAAUGGACAAGCUGGUCACUGUGGGCAUGAAGCACAUUAAGUUCUGGCAGCUAGCAGGUGGCGGCCUCACGUUCAAGAGAGGAGUGUUCGGGAAUCUUGGGAAGCCCGAGACGAUGAUGUCGGUGUGCUACGGGCGCACGGAUGACCUGGUGUUCUCCGGCGCCGCCACCGGAGACGUCUUCAUCUGGAAGGAGCCGGCGCUCCUGAAGACCAUCAAGGCCCACGACGGGCCCGUCUUCGCCAUGUUCUCUCUGGACAAGGGGUUUGUGACGGGGGGAAAGGAUGGCGUGGUGGAGCUGUGGGACGACUCGUUUGAGAGGUGCCUCAAGACGUACGCCAUCAAGAGAGCGUCACUCUCGUCUGGAUCCAAAGGACUGCUGCUGGAGGACAACCCUUCAAUUCGUGCCAUAACUCUGGGACAUGGACAUAUCCUAGUCGGAACUAAGAAUGGGGAGAUACUUGAAAUUGACAAGAGUGGUCCUAUGACUCUGCUGGUCCAGGGUCACAUGGAGGGGGAGGUGUGGGGUCUGGCCGCCCACCCGCUGCUCCCCAUAUGUGCCACCGUGAGCGACGACAAGACGCUGCGGAUCUGGGAGCUCUCGGCCAAUCACCGCAUGGUGGCCGUCCGCAAGCUCAAGAAAGGUGGAAGAUGUUGUGCCUUCUCCCCUGAUGGGAAAGCCUUAGCGGUGGGCCUGAACGACGGCAGCUUCCUGGUGGUCAACUCAGACACGCUGGAGGACCUGGUGUCCUUCCACCACCGCAAAGAGCUCAUCUCCGACGUCCGCUUUUCACAAGAUGCCGGUAAAUACCUCGCUGUGGCCUCUCAUGACAACUUUGUGGAUAUCUACAACGUGCUGAGCAGCAAGAGAGUGGGCAUCUGCAAAGGAGCCUCCAGCUACAUCACCCACAUAGACUGGGACACCCGCGGUAAACUGCUGCAGGUUAAUUCUGGUGCCAAAGAGCAACUAUUCUUCGAAGCCCCAAGAGGAAAGAGACAAACCAUCCGCAAUGCUGAGAUGGAGAAGAUGGAGUGGGCCACCUGGUCGUGCGUGCUGGGCCCCACCUGUGAGGGCAUCUGGCCGACGCACAGCGACAUCACGGACAUCAACGCCGCCUCACUCACCAAAGACCGCAGACUGCUGGCCACCGGAGACGACUUCGGCUUCCUCAAGCUCUUCAGCUACCCAGCCAGGGGGCAGUACGCGCGGUUCAAGCGCUACGUGGGGCACAGUGCCCACGUGACCAACGUGCGCUGGGCUCAGGACGACGUGACGCUGCUGACGCUGGGCGGCGCGGACACGGCGCUGAUGAUCUGGGCCCUGGAGCUGGACGGCAACCGCGCCACUCGAGCCGUGGACAGCGAGGAGUCCGAGGAGGACACGGACGAGGACGGAGGCUAUGACAGUGACGUGGCCAGGGAGAGGAGCAUGGACUACACAACCAAGAUCUACGCCGUGAGCAUCCGCGACAUGUGCGGCACCAAGCCCCACCAGCAGCAGAAGGAGGUGUCGGCAGAGGAGAGGCCUCCAGUCAGCCGGGCGGCUCCCCCACCAGAGAAGCUGCAGAGGAACAACAUCACCAAGAAGAAGAAGCUGGUCGAGGACUUGGUCCUGGACCAUGUGUUUGGGUUUCGGGGUUUCGACUGUCGCAACAACCUUCACUACCUCAACGAUGGAGCGGACAUCGUCUACCACACCGCAGCCACCGCCCUGGUGCACAGCCUCACCACAGGCACUCAGAGCUUCUACUUGGAACACACGGACGACAUCCUGUGUCUGACGGUCAACCAGCACCCCAAAUAUAAGAACGUCAUCGCCACGGGUCAGAUCGGCACCACGCCGUCCAUCCACGUGUGGGACGCCAUGAGCAAGCAGACGCUGUCCAUCUUGCGCUGCGCGCACGGCAAGGGCGUGGGCUACCUGAACUUCAGCGCCACGGGCAAGCUGCUGCUGUCCGUCGGCGUGGACGCUGACCACUGCAUCACCGUGUGGCGGUGGCAGGAAGGAGCCAAAGUGACCAGUAAAGGGGGCCAUGCGGACCGCAUAUUUGUGGCCGAGUUUCGGCCGGACUCCGACUCCCAGUUUGUGUCGGUGGGCAUCAAACACAUCAAGUUCUGGACGCUGGUGGGAGGCUCCCUGAUGUAUAAGAAAGGGGUGGUGGGGGGUGUGGUGGACGACGCCAGGAUGCAGACCAUGCUGUCAGUGGCCUUUGGUGCUAACAACCUGACGUUCUCGGGGGCCAUCAACGGGGACGUGUACGUGUGGAGGGACCACUUCCUGGUGCGCGUGGUGGCCAAAGCUCACACGGGCCCCGUGUUCACCAUGUACACCACGCUCCGCGACGGACUCAUCGUCACCGGGGGCAAGGAGCGGCCGACGAAGGAGGGUGGAGCGGUGAAGCUGUGGGACCAGGAGAUGAAGCGCUGUCGAGCGUUCCAGCUGGAGACGGGGCAGUCCGUGGAGUGUGUGCGCACCGUGUGUCGGGGGAAGGGUAAGAUCCUGGUGGGCACUAAGGAUGGAGAGAUCAUUGAGGUGGGAGAGAAGAACGCCGCCUCCAACAUCCUGAUUAACGGUCACAUGCAGGGAGAGAUCUGGGGCCUGGCCGCCCAUCCCGCUAAAGACGUCUUCAUCUCUGCUAGCGACGACGGAACAAUCCGGAUAUGGGACCUAGCAGACAAGAAACUGCUGAACAAAGUCAGCCUGGGCCACCCUGCCAAGUGUGCAGCCUACAGCUCCGACGGCGAGAUGGUGUCGGUGGGGAUGAAGAACGGGGAGUUCAUCAUCCUCCUCACCAACUCACUCAAGAUGUGGGGGAAGAAGCGAGACCGCAGCGCUGCCAUUCAGGAUAUACGGUUCAGUCCAGAUAAGCGUCUGCUGGCGGUGGGCUCGGCGGAGUGCACGGUGGACCUGUAUGACCUCACGCAGGGGCCCUCGCUCAACCGCAUCGGCUACUGCAAGGACAUCCCCAGCUUCCUCCUCCAGAUGGACUUCUCCGCCGAUAGCAGGUUCAUCGAGGUGUCAACAGGAGCUUACAAGCGACAGGUGCAUGAGGUUCCAUCGGGGAAGAUUGUGCAGGACCAGGCUGUCACCGACAGAAUCACCUGGGCCAGCUGGACCAGCAUCCUCGGGGACGAAGUUCUGGGAAUUUGGCCAAGAAAUGCAGACAAGGCGGAUGUCAACUGUGCCUGCGUCUCCCAUGCUGGCCUCAACAUUGUCACUGGCGAUGACUUCGGCCUGGUCAAGCUCUUCGAUUUCCCAUGUCCAGACAAAUUUGCCAAACAUAAGCGCUACUUUGGACACUCGGCUCACGUGACCAACAUUCGUUUCUCCCACGAUGAUAAACACGUGAUCAGCACUGGAGGCGACGACUGCAGUGUGUUUGUGUGGAAAUGCCUGUGACACAGGCACCUCGUUCGUUUCCUAAACCUCAAGUGUCUGGCUUGACAUGCUGCAAAAGAAUCACCAACCUGACAGACGUCGAAGGAGAGGUUCUGAGUGGGGUAGUAGGGGUUGGUUCAGAGGUGCAAUAUUUUCUUUGUUGUUGUUUGUGUUUGUAAAUUACAGAUUGUGAAGGAUUGUUCUAGAAAAUGCUCCAUUUCCAAUGGUGAUUGGUGGGGCGUCCAGAGAAAUAAAUCUAUGUUUACAUAAGCCGUUUUACAUUAGGAAUAUUGAAGGGAACGGGGUGCCAUAGCAGAUGCUUGUUUAUUUUGUAUUAUUAUUUAUCAAAGCAUUUCUAAUGUCAGUUUCAUUGUUGUGCAAAGAUUUUUUUUUUUUUUUUUAAUCAUGAAAUGUAAGUGCCUUUAUGAAUAUUUUCAUUCUUUGUUUUCAUAAAUCAAGGUUUCUUGGUUUUGUAAACUUAAGGUGCUAAAGGGUCAGUUGAUUCUCUUACAGUUUUUCACAAUCCCCAAAACACUACAUUUCCUUAAAUUGUGCACUAUUUUCUCUACGCUGUAAACACAAAUCAAAACCAACACACUAUGGGGCAAUUGCUCUGUUGCUAGUUCGGAGUUUAACACGGCUUUAAAUUCCAACUCCCAGCUCCAACUCCCAGCUCCAACUCCAGUUUAAAACCGCAUUAAACUCCAAAAGCAAUUGCCCCUAUAUGUACAAAUAACAAAUCAUGGAAACAGACACACCUCACCCAAAAACAUAUUUCCUUCAAAUGAAAUAAAUUUUUGCCUUCCAGUGACACACUGAAUUCAUCAAUCACAAACAUAUGCCUCAAAUCCAAUUUGAAAAUAUCCCACAAAAUCUGUUUCUGCACUGAAACAGGCAUUCAAGUGUUUAAAAUCACCACAAUAAAUGUAGACUUUCCCAUUCUGCUGUAAUAACACUCGUGGUGCUGGUGAAUGUUGAGUGAGAGAGCAUGAAAGCAUUAGGUGAAUGGUAGACCUUGUGGAUUUAUCUUCCCGUCAAAGAAAUCGCUUCUCUGUGUUUCAAAAUUGUGAACAACUGUAAUUGUAAUCAGUCUCUAGACAGCUAUGCUUUUGAAGCCCUACACUUGGACUCGCUCGCAAGUUAUCCACAUGGAGGAAGUGUCCCAACUUGAAAUAUCUGUGUUGGAUGUAGUGGACAGUGUAUUGUGUGGGCUUUAAAAUGCAUAAAUCAAGUGAAGUGUUGCAUCCUCUGUAUGCAGGCCAGGAAGGUAAUCGUUUUGUCUCCUGUCUUACUUGAUUCAAACUUAUGAGUGUGAAACAAAGCGUGUUGAUGGUUUUAUAAAAACAUUUAGAUGCAGACUGAAUUCACAGAAUUCCUUGUAUGAUGUGCCCAAAUCACACUUUAUUGGUCCUCCAGCGUGUAGGCGUUGUGUCUAAUGCUUCCUGGAUGAGGGUUGGUCCUUCAGAGAAUCCUUUGGACAGUUUGCUCUGGAAUAAGCAGACAGUCAAGGGCACUUACAGUGUAACACCAAAGUUGGCUAUGCAGUCUUAAUUCAGAGAAGGGGUUUCUUAACUGAAUUCAUAGGUCGCAACCAAAGGCAGGUUAACAUACAAACUUUGAAGAGUAACGUUCUGAUGUGACAAAAAAAUGCAUCUGUCCUUGGGGCCGUGUUGUGCUAAGGAGUCCAGGUCUUAAUUUCUCAUAGUCCACCUGUUCAAUUCUCAGCGUUGCCUUCAUGUCUAGCCAGUACUUCUUUCUCACUGUAAUGUUUAGCUCUAAGUGUCGCAGCAAUAUUACGUCAAUAUUGUUAUGUGAGUCUGUGUUGAAUAUGGAUGUUCAGCAGUUUUUUUACUUGAUCAGUUUGAUUGGUGUUCCAAUUGUUUGUAUCAUACUGUACAUUGACAGAAAAUUGCUCUGUGCAUGACUUUAUUUUUAAACCGUACAGAUGUGAAAUGAAUGAAGCUGGAUUUCACUGAAUGAAUGACAAUCAUGGUUUUGCUUUUUAUACCAAAUCUCAUGAAAUCAUGAAUGUGUGAUCUGUGUCUAUAUGUGCUAUAUACAAACUUAAUAAAUAAGACCAGAAUGUGGACAAUGAA